AUGCUUUCUACGGACGAGGAAAGUAAAUCAACUUCACUUCUACGGUCGACUAAUAAUGAUCUUCCUUUAGAAGUUAUUUCUUUAACAAAUAUUUCUCCUGUAACUUAUCCAAAUACCAAAACUGACCGUUUAAAGUUCAUAAACCCCAAAACUGGGUUCGUAUCAACCUAUAAAUUACUGGCGACUGCACUUAAAUCAUCCCCUCGUGCAGUGGGUGGUGCUCUACGAGUUAAUCCAUUUGCACCUUCACCUAUACCUUGCCACCGUGUUAUCGCCUCUGAUUUUUUUAUUGGCGGUUUUGAUGGUGUAUGGUUUAAACGUCAGCAUCAAAACAAUGUUAAAAAACGUAAUGGUAAUGAUGAUAUAAUGGAAGAUAAAAUUGGUUGUAAACUUGAUAGAUUAAAAAAAGAAGGGGUUUUUUUUGACAAAGGGGGUUGGUUAGUAGACUGGCAGAGAUCUAAAAAUGUGUUUUCCAAUUUUAAUAUAUAA